CGCAACUACAUGCUUACAAGAAGUGCUGCAUCGACUAGAUCAGUGAAGAAUUGUUGCAGCACUUUCGGAGUGGUUCCGGCUAGGCAUCGUAGCAAGCACACUCAAAAGAGGAACCGCGCCCCUCCUUGCAUUCGUCAAACAGAUGGACGACAUCAGGAAAUGGUUGGCAGAGAACAAGCUUAGGGCUGUGGGUCUCUUUUGGGUCACAUCUGUGGGUGGAUCCCUGGCGUACCAGCUGACACGCCCCAUCCCUACGAGCCUGGCAAUCAUCCACUCCCGAGUGUAUGCUCAGGCGCUCACUUUGGCGGCCCUGGGAAUGGCGGGCCUUGUCGAUGUCUAUGAGCACCGACACAAGACCAACGAGGAGCUGGACAAGUACAAUGAGAAGCUGUCACAGCUGGAGGAAAGGGUGCACAAUGCGAUGGCCAGCGGCAAGAACAGGGACGACAUGAAGAAACUGGAGACCCGGCUCGCGAACGUGCACGGCAGCGGCGGCGGUCAGGGACAGCUCAAGGAGCUGGAGAAGCAGGUGCAAGAAGCCACCCAGUAAGUGCGCGGGCAUGCAAGCACCUGCCCGCAGGAUUCCCUUUGCGGCGUGCCCUGUGCAGCGCACCGCUGGAUUUGGGGUGCUCAGUAGAAGAACAUUCGUUCUUUUCAUUGCCUCUAGUUGGAACUAUAAGGAGCUCCAGGUCUUCUUUGAUUGUCGAUUAAAUGUAUUGGCCAGCUUAGGCAUUGCUGGUGCCAGAAGGUAUCUGGUCUCACACGAUUUUGCCUAGUCGUGCAAAGUGUCUCAUUGGGGUCAGAUGGGCAGCUCAAAGACGCAUACUGCAGCUCAGGCAGGCUUUAAGCUAAGAAUUAUGGAGGUGCAUGCAGCUGUCAGGCCUCCAGCAUACAUUUCGGCGUGUGUCUGAGAUGAAGCGCCUCCCACAGUGCUUUCGUUGUAGGUCAUCCUGGGUGCUGAGCAUGCGCACGACGUGAGUCUUUUACUAAAUGGUCGCGUACGCAGAUAGAGUGGAUUGUACGACCUCAGGUCUGAUGGGAAUGGCACCAUUACCCAUGCACAGUACAGCGUUCUUCCGGUAUCAUACGGAUCACUGGGCAAAUGUACAUGUCUUGUAAUUGAGGCUCUAUGG